AUGAGUGUCGAGGGAAGGGUGCGACUGCAUAUAACGCCUUUCAACCCUUCGCUACUGGAGCGGUACGUCCCAGAAAGCUUGCGAUCACAAGCUUCGAACAUCAGCUUCCACACAAUCGAGACAUUCCCAGAGAAGGGAUUCGGAUAUGUGGAGCUGCCCCAUAUGGAGGCGCAGAAGCUGAAGAAGAAGCUAAACGGGACGGUGCUGAAGGGCAGUAAAGUAAAAAUUGAGGAGGCGCGACCACAGAAAAAGAGGAAAUCGGAAGAAGUAGAGCCUGAGGAGCCCGGGGAAGAUAAGGCUGCGCGGAAAAGGUCAAAGAAGGACAAGAAGGAGAAGCGCAAAGCGGGAGAGAAAGUGAUAUCUGGUCAUGAGCUAGAAGAGGGCAGGUACAUCAAACGCGGCUGGGUAGAGGAUAAGACUAAAUCGAAGAAAGCGAAGAAGGAUGGAGAGAAAGAUGGCUUAGAGGGCAAGAAGAUGAGGUUCAAGACGGUAGUACCAGAGACAAAAUCUGCAGUAGAUGGCAAGAAAGGCAAGUCCAAAGACAAGGACAAGAGGUCGAAGAAGGAAGUCACGGUUAAGGAAUUCGACAAGAGCAGAAAGCCUCAAGAUGGUGGUGCCAGAUCUCGGAAGACGGAGUUGAAGUAUGAAGAAGGUCAAGGCUGGAUCCAAGAGGACGGCAGAACUGUUGAAGCUGAGCCUCCAAACGCGAAGCGCCGAAGAGAGCGAGACACGGCCAAGGAUUCAGCGAAAAAGGAGAGGAAAUCAAAAAAGUCUGCGCCGGAGCCGGUCGCAGACCCCAUAGUCGAAGAAGCUCCCACUCUCGACUCCGAGCCCGAAGACUCCAACAUCGAGGUCUCUCACGCCAGCCUCCUAACACGAGAACAGUGGUCCGGCGACGAAGACAGCGUCUCAAGCUCCUCAGUUUCUUCUGAGUCCACUCCCUCGCCAUCCUCCAGCGAAGACGAAUCAGCAGAUUCCGACGCAGAACUCGACGCUCAACUCGCUCGCGCAAAGUCCAACACCGUCUCCAACAAAAACACCCCAGCACCAGAUGCAACGUCAGGAGCUGAAACUUCCCAACCCGUUGGCGAACCAAAAGAAAUCCAUCCUCUAGAAGCCCUCUUCAAACGCCCGUCGCAGGACACGGAGAAACCCAAACCACCUCCACUCGACACUUCAUUCUCAUUUUUCACCCCAGACGAUCAUGAUGAAGCAGAUGUAGCAGUAGAAAUCAAGGUUCCGCAGACUCCUCGUACGAAAGAGGAGUUGGAAUGGAGAAGCAUUAGAUCUGCGGCUCCAACGCCUGAUACGGCUGCGAUUGGGAAGUCUUUCGAUUUCAGCUUUUCGAAGGAGGAGGAAGAUCAGGAUGAAGAGGUGCGAGAUGAACCUGAAAUUCCGAGCCGAGCAGAGGCUAAGAAGAAGGGAGAGGAGCGGGGAGAGGAAAGUGAGUUUCGAAAAUGGUUUUAUGAGAACCGGGGAGAUUUGAAUCGGGCUUGGAAGAAGAGGAGGAGGGAAGAGAGGAAGGCGGGUAGGCAGAGGGAGAAUCGGAGGUUGAGGAGAUGA